CCCCUGGAACUCGGCGAGAGUCGCGAGACAAACACACGUGUGAAGAAUGGCUGCCGACAGAGUGGACUUCCACGAGAUGGGCAUAGAUGAUCGCCUUUUAAAGGCUGUUGCUGACUUGGGCUGGGCACAGCCCACGUUGAUCCAGGAGAAAGCUAUCCCACUGGCACUUGAAGGUAAAGACCUCCUGGCACGAGCAAGGACUGGCUCUGGUAAAACUGCUGCGUAUGCUGUCCCCGUCAUUCAGCGGAUUCUGAUGUCUAAACAGACCGUGCGCGAACAGGCUGUUAGAGCUUUGAUACUGGUGCCCACCAAAGAACUAGGACAGCAAGUCCAGACCAUGGUCCGCCAGCUCACGGCUUUCUGCGCUAGGGAUGUCAGAGUGGCAGAUAUCUCUAGCAAGGCAGACAUAUCAGCUCAGAAGCCUAUCCUGAUGGAAAAACCUGAUGUGGUGGUGGGGACUCCCUCACGAGUUCUGGCCCACAUUAAUGCCCAAAACCUGGUGCUUCACUCCUCUUUGGAGAUGCUGGUCAUCGACGAGGCAGAUUUGGUCUUUUCCUUUGGCUUUGAGGCAGACCUGAAGAGCCUGCUUUGUCAUUUGCCCAAGAUCUACCAGGCAUUCCUCAUGUCUGCCACACUGAAUGAGGAUGUGCAGGCCCUGAAGGAGUUGGUGCUUCACAACCCUGUGACUCUGAAGCUGCAGGGCUCUCAGCUGCCGGACAGCUCGCAGCUCCAGCAGUACAGUGUGAAGUGUGAGGAGGAGGACAAGUUCCUGCUCAUCUACACGCUCCUCAAGCUGCGCUUGGUGCGUGGCAAGACGCUGCUGUUCGUAGGCACCGUGGACCGCUGCUACCGCCUUAAACUCUUCCUUGAGCAGUUCAGCAUCCCGGCCUGUGUGCUGAACUCAGAGCUUCCUGUGCACUCCAGGUGUCACAUCAUCAGUCAGUUCAAUCAGGGGUUCUAUGACUACAUCAUCGCCACAGACGAGCAGGGCCUGGAGAAUCCCACAGCACCAGCCAAGAAGGAGGAGGAGAAGGACAAGAAGAAGAAGAAGAAGACUACGGGCAAAGGAGGACCGAGUAAAGAUCAGGAGUAUGGUGUGUCUCGAGGCAUAGACUUCCAGAACGUGGCCAACGUCAUUAACUUUGACUUCCCACCCACAGUCGAGUCCUAUAUUCACCGUGUCGGCAGAACGGCCCGUGCAGACAACCCUGGAACUGCCCUAACAUUUGUCUCCCACACAGAACUCCCUCUGUUGGAAGAGGUGGAAAGUGCACUCACAGAAAACACAGAGUGUGCGCUGCAACCAUAUGGGUUUAAAAUGGAGGAGAUUGAGGGCUUCAGAUACCGUUGUCGGGAUGCCAUGCGGUCCGUCACAAAACAGUCGGUUAAAGAAGCCAGACUGAAGGAGAUCAAGCAGGAGCUGCUGAACUCUGAGAGGCUGAAGACGUACUUUGAGGACAAUCCCAGAGACCUUCACCUUUUGCGCCACGACAAGGACCUUCAUCCUGCAGUGAUUAAACCGCAUAUGAAGAAUGUUCCAGACUAUUUGAUCCCACCUACACUUAAAGGACUUGCCAACCCGCUGACUGGGCGCAAGAAAAGAGGAAGGAAUUUCAAGCCCAAGACUGUAGGAGUUAUCAAAAGUGACUUUAAGAAAAAUGCCAGGGGCAAGAACCCGCUGAAGACGUUCCGCUUCAAAUCCAAAAAAUCCAAAGCCAGCGCAGAAGGAAAGUCAUAAAGCUGUUUUGUGGAAAUUAUGUGAGUUGAAGGAACUUGUCUGUUAAGACCUUCAAGACCCCUGCCAUCAAUCUACUUGGACUGCAUGAGCAGAGACCAGAGUUUCAGCAAUGCUCAAGGUGCAAUAUUCUUGACAUGUCUCCUUGACAACACUUGCACAGAGGCCAAGUUGUUCUGUGAAAUCAUGUGACAAGCAACUAUAGACAGUUGUUAAUAUCCUUUAACAUGCUUCAGUGGUCAUGGACUAAAAUAUAUUUUUGAGGAGUUAUAUUGAUAAAUAGGCAGAGCUGAGAAGUAGGCAGUUUAUACCUGUAUUUUCAGGUCAAAACGUGACAGUCUUGCGAACGCAUCACUGGCCUAAACAAUGUUUUCUAUAUUUUUUGUACAGUUGUAAAAUUGUAAAAUGUUAAGUUGAUGUUGGGCCUUACUCUUGCUUGGUCUGUGUGUGCUCAACAGACUAGCCCUCUGUGGAAUGGUUCAGAUUGCAUUCUUCCGCUACAAUAAAAGCAAUGGCUCUAUGAGCCAAAUGUAAGUUAA